UGGUUGCUGAUGCUGCGAGGAAGAGGAAAAAUGUAGGACCAUGGUGAAUGAUUUGGGACUGGAAGACUUUGAUUCGCGCUGGAAAUUAAUUACACGGUCUACUGUCCCCUAGGAAUAUGAAGAAGAGGAAGAAUUGGAAACUUAAUUCUUUGAAGCAGUGGAAGUGGAUUAAAUGAACGUGUCUGGGGAGGAAUUGUAGCAACUCAUUGUUAUGGCGAAGAAGGCCCGUACUAAGGGCGAAAAGCCCGAAGCACUAAUCUCUGCCCUACAGGCAGCCAACGAAGACCUCAGGUCGAAACUGACGGACAUUCAAAUCGAACUGCAUCAGGAAAAAUGCAAGGUGACUAAGCUGGAGCGCGAGAAGGUGCAGGAGGCCAAGCGCAUCCGCGAGCAGGAGCAGCACCGGCACACGGUGGCGCUGACGGAGCAGCGGGCCAAGUGGCACGAGGAGAAGAUGAAGGAGCAGCAGGCGCUGCGCGAGAGCCUGGUGCGGCAGCACGAGCAGGAGCUGCUGCGCCACGCCAAGAUCAAGGACGGCGAGAUCGGGCGGCUCAAGGCGGCCGUGAGCGCGCUGCGCGACGGCAGCGGCGAGAAGGUGCGCACCGCCCUCACGCUGGAGGCCAAGGAGGAGGCGCGGCGCUUCUUCGACCACGAGCGCGUGCGGCUGCUGCAGGAGAUCGCCGAGCUCAAGUCCACCAAGAAGCAGACGGACGAGGCGCUCAGCACCAUCAUCCAGGCGGACAAGAUGAAGGCGGGGGACCUGCGCUCGGAGCACCAGAUGCACCAGGAGCAGAUCACCAAGAUCAAGUGGGACUGCGAGAAAGACAUACGCAGGCUGGUGGAUGAGAUCAAAUCAAAGGACCGCACCGUCUUUGCCCUGGAAAAGGAACUGGAGACAGCCACCGGCUUCCUGCAGAAGCUGCAGCUCCAGAAGGACGCACUGGACGAGCAGCUCUUCCUGGUGAAGGAGGCCGAGUGCAACCUGGGCAGCCCCAAGAGGGAAAUCCCCGGGCGGGCCGGCGACGGAGCCGAGUACUGCGGGAGCCCCGACAUGAGAAGGAAUCAAAGGCGUGUGGCUGAGCUGAACUCGACAAUCCGGAAACUGGAGGAUCGCAACACACUGCUGGGCGAGGAGAGAAAUGAGCUGUUGAAACGUUUGCGGGAGUCAGAGAAGCAGUGCAAACCCAUGUUGGAGAAGAACAAGCUGUUGAAUAAAAGGAACGAUGAGCUGACUCAGUCUUUACAGCGCGUGGAGGAGAAACUGAAGGGCGUGACCAAGGAGAACAUGGAGAUGAAAGAGAAAAUUAGUUCUCAUCCUCCACUGAAGAAGCUGAAGUCCUUAAAUGACCUUGACCAGGCUCACGAUGACCAGGAGAUUGAGUUCCUUAAGCUUCAGGUUCUAGAACAACAGACUAUGAUAGACGAACUGACAAGAGACAGAGAGAAAUUGCUGAGGAAAAAGAGACAUAAACGAAGUUCCAGACCCAUCAAGAGGCACAUUGUUGUGGACACCUUCUUUGGGUACGAUGAGGAGUCAAUGGAUUCAGAGACCUCGUCAGUAGCUUCCUUGAGAAUGGAUAGGACUCCUGCUACACCAGACGAGGAUUUGGACGAGGGUCUGGCUGCCGAGGAGGCAGAGUUGCGCUUCCGUCAGCUGACGCGGGAGUACCAGGCUCUUCAGCGUGCAUACGCUCUCCUGCAGGAGCAGAAGGGGGGCAUGCUGGACGCAGAGAUGGAGGCCAAGGCCCAGGAGCAGCUUCAGGCAGAUGUGCAGCGCUACCAGGCCAAGAUCGAGGACCUUCAGAAGGAGCUCACACUCAAAGGACAGGACUCAAAAUGGGUUGAAGAGAAACAGCUCUUUCUGCGACGGAACCAAGAACUCUUGGAAAAGGUGGAAAAGCAAGACAGUGAGACUGGACGACUUCUUCAGGAACUGCAAGACUCCAAGGACCAGAAUGAGCUCCUGGAGUUCCGUAACCUGGAGCUAGAGGAGCGAGAGAGGAGGUCUCCUCCGUUUAACCUCCGGAUCCACCCAUUCUCUGAAGGAGUCAGUGCUCUCCAGAUCUACUGUAUGAAAGAGGGGGUGAAGGAUGUGUGUAUACCUGAUCUCAUUAAACUUCUAGACAUACUGGGAGACAAUGGGAACUUACGAAAUGAAGAGCAAGUAGCCAUUAUUCAAGCAAGCACGGUGCUUUCUCUUGCUGAAAAGUGGAUACAGCAGAUCGAGGGAACGGAGGCAGCACUACACCAGAAAAUGAUGGACCUGGAGCUCGAGAUGGAAAUGUUCUGCAAGCAGAAAGGUUACCUCGAAGAGGAGCUGGAUUACAGAAAGCAGGCUUUGGACCAAGCUUACAUGCAAAUCCAGGAGCUGGAGGCCACCCUGUACAACGCCCUGCAGCAGGACAAGGUGAUCAAGUAUGGCGAGCCGCUGACGGACACGCAGAAGGACGAGCUGCGCACCGCCGUGGAGAAGCUCCGCAGACAGAUGCUGCGCAAGAGCCGCGAGUACGACUGCCAAGUGCUGCAGGAGCGCAUGGAGCUGCUGCAUCAGGCACAUCAGAGGAUACGUGAUCUGGAGGAUAAAACCGACAUCCAGAGGAGACAGAUCAAAGACCUUGAGGAAAAGUUUUUAUUUUUGUUUUUAUUCUUUUCUCUUGCCUUUAUCCUUUGGCCUUGAUGUCUGCUCAGUCAAACAGGCAUCCCGUAGAUCAUGUUUGCAGCAGCAGCGGCAGCAUCUCCCCGGUGAAGACCCAGGCCUUACUCAUGGCUCUUAAUGUUGUGUGUGGACGGAGGUGGCGUAUGUUCAAAUGGACUCAGUCUG